GCGAUCCGGCUCGUGCGAUGUCUGGAGAUGGUUUGGUGGCGGGUGAACCGGAGAACCAGUACGAGUGGCAUGAGAGCUACAGAGACUUCAUGAAGAACAUGUACCGCACCUCUUACGCAGACAUGGCAAGCAAUCGCGAGGUGCAUGUGAAGAGCGACUUCCCUUCGGGGUUUGGAGGUCACGUGCCCUCGGUCCGCCACGACAUCCUGUUCCGCAACACCGAGUUCGACCGAACUCAGGAGACGCUGCGCAAGGACCCGAAUCGUGAUGCCCGUCCAUCUUUCCAGGACCACAUCGCCGGAAUCCCCACGACGACUCAGUUUCCUCGUGGGGCCAAGAAGCCUCCCAGCUACGGCGUCGUGCCCCAUGAUGGUACCACGACCAUGCUGAAGCCGCCUUGGGGAGUGCUGACCACCCGCAACGAUCCCUUGAGCCAUCGAUUCCCGCCGCCUACGAUGGUCCAGGGCCAGUCCCGCAUGAGCACAGCCCCG